UCAUGCGCACGGUGACAGCUAACUAGCGCAGCGCUCCUCGGGACAGCCAGCUGAUGCCCAGCAGCUCGCGCGGCUACUCGACUAACCGUCACGCGUCUACUACACGCACGCGUGUACGUGUACGCGGGAGUGACACGCGCCUCAAGAUUAAUCUACAGAAGUAUGGCGGUUUUUCUCCAAAGCCUCGACAAGCUCUCCGUGCGUGUGGUGAGCGAGCUAGCUAGCUAGGCAAAGAUAGCACCAACGCUAGCGAGCUAGCUAGCUAGCUAGCUGAGUGACGGCGGUUUGGUUCCAGCUGGCCUCGCGACCCCUGCGCGUCACCAUGGGGAUACUGUUCACCAAGCUCUGGAGGCUGUUCAACCACCAAGGUAAAGCCUCUAGACUGCAUGUGUGUCACCUCCACAGCUGGUGUGAAGACGUCUGGAUCUGUGGAAGUGCUUUGUCUCCUCAUGCUCCAUGUGGGAAGUCACAUGUUGGCGCCGAGGGAUAAAUGCAGAACACAAAGAAGAAGCCUUGUUUGAAUCCCUCGGUCGUAGUUCCACAUCAAUGGACGUCUUUCAACCCUCGGAACCACAAGCACUUCUCUCUCUUUCUCUGGCCUGGAUGUUCACUGCAAUAUAAAAGUCCUGCUUCUCUAAGGAAAUGAAACAAUCACAGCUAGAAGUAAAGAGGAUGUAUCUAAAGCACAAAGUUAUCAUCGUGGGCCUGGACAAUGCUGGCAAGACCACCAUUCUAUACCAGUUUUCAAUGAACGAGGUGGUGCACACGUCUCCUACGAUUGGGAGCAACGUGGAGGAGAUUGUGGUCAACAACACCCAUUUCCUGAUGUGGGACAUCGGAGGCCAGGAGUCCCUGAGGUCCUCGUGGAAUACGUACUACACCAACACGGAGUUUGUCAUCGUGGUGGUCGACAGCACGGACAGAGAAAGGAUCUCCGUGACCAAAGAGGAACUCUGCAGAAUGCUAGCACAUGAGGACUUAAGGAGGGCGGGGCUGUUGAUCUUUGCCAACAAGCAGGAUGUGAAAGGCUGCUUGUCUGUGGCCGAGAUCUCCCAGAGCCUCCAGCUGACCUCCGUCAAGGACCACCAGUGGCACAUCCAGGCCUGCUGCGCCCUCACUGGGGAGGGGUUGUGCCAGGGUCUCGAGUGGAUGAUGUCCCGGCUGCGCGUGAGAUGAUGACCUUUCGCCCUCGGUCCAGAGUGCGCCCUCGCUCUUUGUGUUCUCCGGACGUGAGCGUGAAACCAGGACGGAGGGCGGAGCUCCGGUUGAUGGACGGCCCCCCUCCUCUUUCCUGUGACGUGGGCGGACGCUACAUUCUUCUGUGAUAAUUUAUUUUACAAAAGACUGCUUGAACUCAGAACAACAACAACAACAACAAGAAGAAGAAGAAGAAGACAAAAACAUAACCUUUUUACUGAAGGACAAAAGAGACUAAAAUUAUUUAAACUGAAAUCUGUGCACGGUUUUCCUUUUUCCAGCGAAACACGGACGUGGAACUGUCCGUGGACUCUCCAGCUGUGUGACUCUAGCCCGCGGUGGCCUUGCAGUAUUGCCAGACUGGCUGAGGCAGUUUUUAUUGCCCCUCCUCUGUGUGUCCAGUAUUCUCUUUUAACGCGGUGCCUGAUGCAGAGUGUUGGAGUGAUGACGCGGCUGAAAACAGAGGGUACGAAUCACAACAUGCCCCACCAAUAGUCUGUGAAAUAAAGUGUUUUUAUCUGUUUCAGGUGAA